UGAAAAAGACUGGCCAAGGCGGAGCAGUUUUUUCUUUGUGCACGUUUUGUUUUUCCUGGAUUUCAGUUACUUAACUAAAUCGAAGUUUCGACGACGUGUCCAGCACUAGCCACAUUACGGACUCAAACAUCAGUCAUCUUCAAAUCUGGGCACUCGGUGAGGUUUUGUCGCCUACUUUAGCCUAGCCUAGCUGGCCAACCGCUAACAAAGCUGCAAGGCACGUCGUCAAGCGUUCAGAAAUCAAGUGAGUAGUAUGUUCGCGAGAACUACACCGGCUGCAGAAAAGUUGCAAAAGGAACUUUGUGGAGUGAAAGAGGAGCCCCCGCGUCACCAAGAUUCGACUGUGUGCAAAAUAAUGCACGCAAUGGUUGUUCUUCGCAGACUAGAAGAUCUAUAUGUCAUCCAAGCCCAUCGUCUUGAGCACCAGGAGUCUUCUUGCGUCAAGGGGGAGGAGGAAGAGUCACCAUACAUCAAGGAGGAGGAAGAGUCCGUUCACAUUAAAGGUUUCAGAAAAUACUUCAGUGCUGAGCGGCAGCUGCCAGACUAUCCUGGCGUGAAAGAGGAUGUUGAGCUCCCCCAAAUCAAAGAGGAGGAGCCAAAGCCCUGUCAACAGAAGCAACUUCCAAUCAAAAAGGAGGAGGAAGAGCUGCCAUGUGUUAAAGAGGAGGAAGAGGAGGAGCAUAUCACCAGGUCGACUGGUGAGCCCUUGAAGAGUGAAAAUGGUCCAAGUGAGGCCGGUAGAGGGGCGGAGCCUCCAAGCGGCAGCAGCAGCAGCAACUCGACAGAAGGAUUGCAACCAGACAUUUUCAUCGCUCCGUCAGACAGAAAUGGCGCCACGUCACACUCACCUUACAAUGAUGAUGUCCGUAAGACAUCACACGGUGACGACAAACUCUGCAAGUGCUCUCAGUGUGGGAAAACCUUUGCUAAUAAGUAUACUUGUCGGACACAUAUGAGGAGUCACACUGGUAAAAAGCCUUUUCCCUGCUCAGUUUGUGGUCAAGGAUUUUCUAAAAAAGGAACCUUAAAAAGACACAAAGGAACCCACACUGGCGAAAAACCUUUUUCCUGCUCAGUUUGUGGUCAAAGAUUCAGGUGCAAGAGCAACUUAAACCGACACACAAGUACCCACUCUGGCGAAAAACCUUUUUCCUGCUCAAAUUGUGGUCAAAGAUUCAGUCAAAUGAGCACCUUAGAAAGACACACAAGAAUCCACACUGGUGACAAACCUUUUUCGUGCUCAGUUUGUAAUCAAAGCUUCAUUGAAAGGGAAAACUUAAAAAUCCACACAAGAACCCACACUGGCGAGAAACCUUUUGUCUGCUCAGUUUGUGGUCAAAGAUUCAGUCAAUUGAGCACCUUUAAAAGACACACAAGAACCCACACUGGUGACAAACCUUUUUCCUGCUCAGUUUGUAAUCAAAGAUUCACUGAAAAGGUAAACUUAAAAAUCCACACAAGGACCCACACUGGCGAAAAACCUUUUGCCUGCUCAGUUUGUGGUAAAAAUUUCAGUCACAAGAGCAACUUAAAACGACACACAAGAACCCACACUGGCGAACAACCUUUUUCCUGCUCAGUUUGUGGUCAAAGACUCAGUUGCAAGAGCACCUUAAAACAACAUACAAAAACCCACACUGGCGAAAAAGCUUUUUCCUGCUCAGUUUGUGGUAAAAAAUUCACUCAAAAGCAAAACUUGAAAAUACACACAAGAACCCACACUGGCGAAAAAGCUUUUUCCUGUUCAGUUUGUGGUAAAAAGUUCACUCAAAAGCAAAACUUGAAGACGCACACAAGAACCCACACUGGAAUUUAAAAAAAAAAGUCAAAGCAAAAAAUGCUUUUUUAAUCGAAGCAAUAAAUUAAAAAAAUCAUGGGGAAAAAAAAAGUUAACAUCGUAGCACACCAAAAAAAGUAUUGGAAGCUAAUUGUGCCUCCAGGUCAGUUAGUUUUGGAAGUUGAAGCACGAUGACAUGGAGGACAACUUGGAACGGUUCUUGCGGUCAAGAGAUAUCCCUCACGCGCAUAUUACGCGCAUGAAAAAAGACAAGUUGCAUAUUCACACUGUCAACAUUAUCGAUGUCAAAAAAGCAGCAUGGAUAUGGACACCUCAUACUGUAUGUUGCCGCUACCGUUGUGCCUGUAAUGUAAAUUAGGUUAUAGCAUGCAUCACCAAGUGUUGAAAAAAAUGCAAUAUUAUUACAUAGGGAUAAGGUAACUGAAUAAGACGCUACGCACUUCAGGUGCACGGACCUUCGCUGGGGACUAUGACAAAGCAUUAGUAUAAAUACUUCUAUUGAUUAUAAUUUGAUGGAGAUGAGCCAAAGGAGUUCUUCAUCCACGAAGCAGAGUCUAAAAUAUCGAGUCAGGAGAUGCAGAAUAGUAAUUAUAAUUAGUAUAAAUACUUCUAUUGAUUAUACUUUUAUGUAUAUAAGCCAAAAUAUUAAGGAUUUCCCUGUUUGUGAAACCGAUUCUAAAAAACAAGAUGCUUCAAUAUUGUGGUUUUCAAUGGAGGUGAAGCACUAUGUAAAGUAAGCAGUUGUUUUACGAAAAAGUCAAAGGUUCGCAGUGAGUCAGCAACAGGCAAACUUUUGCGAAAUAGACAAUGUUUAUUGAUUAGACAUUGCAAAUAAAUGAAGUUUAUUGAUUACAAUCCCACAAAGGCAAGCAAAAACAAAUAUAACACAGAAUAACCACCGCGCUAGGUCUAGAUUGUCACUGAUAACAUCUAAAACCCCUACGAUGCAGUUUAAACACACACAAGCACAAGAAACAAUGGCGCUAGAUAUAUUAGUUGUCGAAGCUAAAACACCCCCACGCCACAGCACAACGAGUUCCCUGAUAAUGAAUCAAGCUCCCACCUGUCGACAAUGAGCGGAGAGCCAAACGCUCCUGGUCUGAGCAUUCAAGGAACCACGCCAAGCGAUCACAUUAAUCCUCUGGCAGACUCUGGCGUGGCCCGGAAAUGUCCGGCUCUUUAUUGGCACAUGCCACGUGAGAACAGAGAUGGCCACCCCCUGCUCUCAGGAGGCACACUGCCUGCCCAAAAAUGGUAAUCUUAACAUGUUUUGCUCAACCUCUUAAGGAGAUGAGUCUCGUGUCCAAAUAUGAUUGGUUCACUCGUUGUACUUUUUAGCAGCAGCUGGUUCGCAUCAAAUAUCUUGGUUACCAUAACAAUGAGCAAAACUGCGUCAAAGUGGCAGGCAUAACCUGAUAAGAAGUUGUACAGUCAGUCCAAAAGAAUGUGUGCUCAUAAAAACAGCAAUACACAGUUAGUUACUCUUUACUACAAAGGCAGUUAUUGCUAUAUGUGUGUAGUUAUAUACAGUGCCUUGCAAAAGUAUUCGGCCCCCUUGAA